AUGCGGCUCCCAUUACUACUUUUCUUGGCUCUUUAUGGGCACACAAAAACCGAGGAGGUGACGACAACGGUGAAAACUGAGGCGAAAACAACAACUCCUGUACCUCAAACAGCCCUGCCGCCGCUGCCAACUCGGAUCUUGCCCACCGUGCCGACCACAACGCAAGCGCCCGAAAAAAUUUACGCUGGUUCCUAUAUGGUUGUUGCUCCAAAAACCGUUCGUCCAGGUCUUCCAUAUGCCGUUUCGGUGAACAUUCUGAAAUCCCAGGAACAGGAUCACAUUGUUCGGGUCGAGAUUCGUACCGAUAAAAACGAUACGAUUGGCGCGAAAGUCGUCAACAGUGUUCAGUCAGGCUCACCACAAACGGUUACCAUCGAUUCGCUGCCCGCCGACGCACUCGUCUCAAGCAACAACUACAAGGUCUACGUUCGCUGUGAAACAAUCGGCGGAAAGGUUCUCUUCGAAGCGGAACAAUCGGUCAACUACAACUCAAAGAGCAUGUCGAUCUUUGUGCAAACUGAUAAAGCUAUUUACAAGCCUGGAUCCACAGUAAAAUAUCGUGUCAUUCUCGUGAAUCCGGACUUGACUCCGUACAAAGAAAGCGUGUCGAUAAAAAUCGUCGACCCAAAUCAGAAUGUAAUUCAACAGAAAGUCGAUGAAGGACUCACAAAGGGUGUGUUCUCCGGUGAGAUUGAGUUGGCCACUGAGCCACCACUUGGCGACUGGCAGAUCAACGCCGAGAGCAAGAAUGGAGUCAAGUAUACCAAAUCGUUUUCCGUCGAGAAAUACGUGUUGCCGAAGUUUGAGGUGAACAUCAAGACGGCUCCAUUCAUCACGACCACCGACGAUUUGGGUGUUUUCGUCAAUGCAAAAUACACUUACGGAAAGGGUGUCGCUGGAAAAGCAAAAGUCAUCCUUGAGCAACCCUAUCAACGUUGGUACGCGCCGAGACCCGUCCUUGUGAAAAGCGAUGGAACCACCACUGAGGGAGAAGGUGAAACGCUGCUCGAGAAAACGAUCAAAUUGAGCAACUCUGGCGAGGGAUCAGUCACUUUCACAAACAAGGAGCUCAAGGAUUACCAGCUUGUUCGGGAUUGGGGCUCAUCGGUGCGCGUGAUCGCUGUGGUGACCGAAGAUCUCACAGAGAUCGAGCGGAACAACACUCACACUGUAUCCGUCUAUCGUGAUGACACAAAAUUGGAAGUGGAGAAGCAAGGAGAAACAUUUAAACCAGGCCUCACCUACAAUGUGGUGGUGGCGCUGAAACAAAUGGACGACACCCCAGUGAAGGCUACUGUACCAAAAAGAGUCCAGGUCACAACAAUCUACAACUAUCCAUACAAUGUCGAUGGACCAAGUCAACAAGAGGACAAAGAGGUGAAAAUCGUUGACCUCGAUGCUCACGGGACCUCGGUUUUAAGCCUUCAACCACCCAUCAACAGCACAUCGCUUCGUGUUGAGGCUCUCUACGAUCGAGCUGGAAAAGACAACUUCACCAACUCGCAGAUCUACUCGAGCUUAUUUGUCGACUCCUCAAAAUCGCCCACUAAUUCAUACCUUCAAUUGAUUGCUGAUAAUGAGGGAACAGUUGAUGCCGGGAAACAGCUCUCAUUUACUGUCAAAGCAACCGAGAAUCUCAAAGUCCUCUCGUAUCAAGUGAUGUCUCGUGGUUCGGUCGUUCUCUCGCAAGAAGUGCCCGUCGACGCCGAUCACACAACCAUCAAAUUCAUCGCUACGAAUCAAAUGGCCCCGAAAUCUCGUCUAAUCGUUUACGCGGUUCGUCCAUCAAAUCAAGAAGUCCUCGUCGAUGCCACUGAUUUCAAAGUUGAAGGAUUAUUCAGAAACAAUGUCAGCUUGUCUAUUGAUCGAAGCUCGGCCGAACCCGGAGAAACCAUCAAGUUCAAGAUUCGUGCCGAUCCAGACUCCUAUAUUGGACUCUUAGCCGUUGAUCAAAGCGUUCUCUUGUUAAAGAGCGGAAAUGAUAUCACAAAGCAAUUGAUUGAAACCGAUAUCGAAGAAUAUGAUACGACAUCUGAUCGUUAUCGUCCAUGGGAAUCCUUCGGAAGAUCUCGUCGCUCAAUAUGGUAUCCGUGGUGGGGAAUUGGUGGUAAAGAUGCGGCCACGAUUUUUGAGAACGCGGGUUUGGUCGUUUUGACUGACGCUUAUUUGUACCGUGAACCAGAGCCACCAAUCAAAUACAUGAUGAGAACGGGGAUGGGCGUUGAUUUGUCGGCAUUGAACGCGGGCGAGUGGUUCCCAUCAACGCCGGCCACGUUUCCACGCGGGGAAAGCACCCGCCUCUCGCCGACACACUCACCCGUCAACCAUGUUCGCAAGGAGUUCCCUGAGACGUGGCUUUGGAUAAACAUUGAGCACAAUAAUAUGUUAGUU